CUAAUGGACUUGGUGUUUGGAGCCUUAUAAGUUUGCAAACUUGAGUCUAACCAAGGCAGCGGCGAGACACAAAAGCACUGCUGGAAACUUACAAGCAGCGGUGCCUUUGGAAACUUUUGGGGGAGCCUCAAUGGCGUUAGCACAGGACAUAUUAUUGGAACUGAAAACUCAAAUAGUACAAAUAAUCAAACGUAUUGGCUUCCUCAGUACCGGCGAUCAGUCUGCUAAGGGGAACUACGGCCUGCUGGACCAGAUUCAGGCCCUGCGCUGGCUCAACGAGAACAUCGGUCACUUCGGAGGAGACCCAGAGAGGAUCACCAUCUUCGGCUCCGGAGCUGGGGCGUCCUGCGUCAACCUCCUCAUCCUCUCGCACCACUCGGAAGGUCUGUUCCACAGGGCCAUAGCUCAGAGUGGAACAGCCAUCUCCAGCUGGUCCGUCAACUACCAGCCCCUCAAGUACACAAAGAUCCUGGCCCGGAAGGUGGGCUGCACGUACACAGAGACGGCCGACCUGGUCGACUGCCUGAGGCGCAAGAACUUCCGGGAGCUGGUGGACCAGGACAUCCAGCCAGCCCGCUACCACAUCGCCUUUGGCCCCGUGGUGGACGGAGACGUGGUGCCCGACGACCCUGAGAUCCUCAUGCAGCAGGGGGAGUUCCUCAACUAUGACAUCCUGAUAGGAGUGAACCAAGGCGAGGGGCUGAAGUUUGUGGACGACAGUGAGGACAACGACGGCAUCACAGCUGCUGCUUUCGACUACACCAUCUCCAACUUCGUGGACAACCUCUACGGCUACCCUGAAGGCAAAGACAUCCUGAGGGAGACUAUCAAAUUCAUGUACACAGACUGGGCAGACAGAGACAAUGGCGAUAUGCGAAGGAAGACCCUCUUAGCGCUGUUCACAGACCACCAGUGGGUGGCGCCGGCAGUGGCCACCGCCAAACUCCACGCCGAGUUUCAGUCUCCGGUUUACUUUUACACAUUUUACCACCACUGCCAGACGGAGACGCGCCCCGAAUGGGCCGAUGCCGCACAUGGAGAUGAGAUACCGUACGUAUUUGGCGUGCCCAUGAUCGGUGCUACGGAUCUGUUCCCAUGCAACUUCUCGAAGAACGACGUGAUGCUGAGUGCCGUGGUCAUGACUUACUGGACCAACUUCGCCAAGACUGGGGACCCCAACCUGCCAGUCCCUCAGGACACCAAGUUCAUUCACACAAAGCCCAACCGCUUUGAAGAGGUCAUCUGGACCAAGUUCAACUCCAAGGACAAGCAGUACCUCCACAUUGGCUUAAAGCCUCGUGUUAGGGACAACUACAGGGCCAACAAGGUGGCUUUCUGGCUGGAGUUAGUCCCCCAUCUCCACAGUCUACAUGAGGAGCUCUUCCCCACAACCACCCGUUCUCCGUCGGGUCCUGGCUCAGGCAGCCAGAGACCCUGGCCAAGAACACCGGGCCCUCGCACCACGCGUCACCCCUACCCUACCUUCCCCUCUGAUCCGGAGCCUUAUGGUUCGGAGCGUCCACGGCAGGAGCUUUUCCCCGGAGACACCCGGGACUAUUCGACUGAGCUGAGUGUGACAGUCGCUGUGGGGGCGUCACUGCUCUUCCUCAACAUCCUGGCCUUUGCCGCACUUUACUACAAGCGUGACAAGCGGCACGAGAUGCGACGACACCGGCUGUCUCCCCAACGGGGCGGGCCAGCCAAUGAUCUGGCUCACAGCCAGGAGGAGGAGAUCAUGUCGCUGCAGAUGAAGCACUCGGAGCACGACCCUCACCACGACAUGGAGCCUCUCCGGCCCCACGACAUCCUACGACCCGCCUGCCCGCCCGACUACACGCUGGCGCUGCGCCGUGCCCCCGACGACGUGCCGCUGAUGACGCCUAACACCAUCACCAUGAUCCCCAGUACCAUCACUGGCAUGCAGCCUCUUCAUGCCUUCAACACGUUCCCCUCCACCGGCCACAACAACACCCUGCCCCAUCCCCACUCCACCACCAGGGUAUAGUAGGGACUAAGGACCAGAGAUACUGGCUCGAGAAGGGAGGCCUCUGGAUUUGGGCCUUUGUUCUGUUCUCUUAUACUCUCUCUCCAAAAACAACUCCACCUCCUCCAUCAUGCUGUCAAACUUAGCAGCUCCACUGGUGGCGUGUGGAGAAGCAACUGAACUGCAUGGCAGCAGAUGAUCAGUUAAGGGGUGACUCAGAUCUCUCAAAGAUACUUUCUUCAAAGGUCUGCUCUUUCUAGACUGAAGCCCCCUGACAUUUGUCAGAAGGACGAAUGCUUUUUUCGACCCAUGCAGUUUCCAUCAUCUUCUUCUUUUCGCUCCCUGGUGUGUUAUGUGCAUAUAUUGUUCUCUUUUCUACAUCUGUGUCUCCUUCCCUGCUUUGUUCCUCUCAUUCGACAUGUGGUUCUCUCCCUCUCCCUAGCGCUCCUUUGCUCUAAGGACUCACAAGCAGCUGAGCUGUAGGAGUGGGCAUAGAGUACAUACAGUAAUCACAUAGCUAUGAAAACAUUGAUAUCUGAUACUUUCAUUACUACCAGCAUUCUUUGUGCCAAGUAUGUACUACUGUGUUUGCAUCGAGGGAGAAAAAAACUAAAGAAGAUUCUCCAGUAUUCCUAUUUACUGUCAAUGAACAGAUGCUGUGUGUUCUCAUGACAAAGUGCCAAACUGGCCCUUGAUUGUGUUUUAUUCUUUCUCACAUCUUCUGUUCUCUUUUUUUUUUCAAGCAUUUGUUUAAUUGUUGUUUUUUUGUGGAAAGAUCUUUUUGCUGAAAAUAUAGAUAUAGAGAAAUGAUAUUAUAUAUAGUUAUAUAUAAAUGUGUACAAAGGAGAAAGUAUAUAAAUGGGUUUUCUCAGUGGGGAUCUAUGCAUG